GAGAAAAGAGAUUGAAGAAGUCAUGGAUGUUUCAGGAAGCUUGAAUUGCGUUGUUGUGGCUGUAGAUGGAAGCGAGGUGAGUAUGGAAGCUCUGAGGUGGGCUCUAGACAACCUCAAGCUCUCAUCGUCUUCUUCCGAUUCAUCAUUCGUCGUGCUCCACGUCCAGCCGUCGCCUUCUGUCGCCGCCGGCGUGAGUCCAGGCACCAUACCUUUCGGUGGUCCCAGUGGUCUUGAGGUUCCUGCUUUCACUGCUGCAAUCGAGCAACACCAGAAGAGGAUCACCGAUACCAUCCUCGAACACGCUAAUCAGAUUUGUGCUGAAAAAUCUGUGAAUGUGAAAACACAAGUGGUUAUUGGGGAUCCCAAGUAUAAAAUCUGCGAAGCUGUAGAGAAUUUGCAUGCUGAUCUGCUUGUCAUGGGUUCCCGGGCUUAUGGCCGUAUUAAGAGGUAUCAAUCUCUUCUUCCACUCUAGUAUCUUGCUAUGUUGAUACACUGAUGAAAACUAUAAAUCAAAUUCCAAGCGUUUGGUCUUGGUUGCUAUGCUGGACUAGUUGUUCCAUACUGACUUCUGAGUAUCUGACUAUUGGUUUUCAUGCUCAUUAGCAUCUUUGCCUGUCCAUGAAUGAACUAGAAUCUGUGUA